ACGAUAAAAGCUAAGAAGUAAAGUAAAAGUUAACACAAGAUACCUCGUUAUCUGUAAACAAAUAAACGAUGAACUAUGAUGGCCUGCUUUCACAGUUAACGGACGAUAAAUUGGUGCUUUUUGAAACCGGCCAAGGGAGCGUUGUCGAAGGAACUGCAGUCGAUGGCGCCGUUGAGGAGGAACAGGCAGCGCCAAUACAAACAAUACCACGUAAUACGGUAGCGCGUUCGCUAUCGCCAAUAAGAGACAAAAGUGCAACGCGAUCAGUGGCCGCAACCAACAAGACAGCAGCAGCAAUAACACAUGUGCAAACAGCGAGCCCAAAAACUGAAAAUUCAACUACACCACAGCGCAAAAUAUCGACGUCAUCACGUUUUAUAAAUGCCUUUAGUCAGCUCUAUGGGGGCAACAGCAAUAGCUGUAGUCACCAAAGCGAUCAAACGGAAGAUUCCGAUUUGGCAGCGAGUCGUACACCCACCAAGGGUAUGGAAACCAAAUUGAUGGCCAUGUGGCAUAAUGUUAAGUACGGUUGGGGCGGUAAAAUGCGUCAUACAAGUUUUUCGAAAGAGCAACCCGUCUGGUUGCUGGGACGUUGCUAUCAUCGCCGUUACACACCACCUGUUAGCAUGGAAAACUCUACCACAGAGUUGCCCAGUGGUACAGACACAGUACCCGACAAUGCGACAUCGGCAUAUGACAGCAUUCAGUCGGAGGCAGCAACUUCAACAUCCCUGUAUCCCGCAUUGCAUCCGCAAAUGAUCGAUGAAAUUGUGGUGCCACAGGAGCUGGGUAUGGACGCAGCUGAGAAUCAGGUGGCCGAAAAUCCCUGGGAAGAGGGAAUCGAGGGAUUUCGACGUGAUUUCUACAGCCGCGUCUGGAUGACAUACCGACGCGAGUUUCCUAUCAUGAAUGGCUCCAAUUAUACAUCAGAUUGCGGCUGGGGCUGCAUGCUCCGCAGCGGUCAGAUGCUGCUGGCGCAGGGUCUAAUAUGCCAUUUUUUGGGACGCAGCUGGCGCUACGAUGCAGAGUCGCAGUUGCACUCCACGUAUGAGGAUAAUAUGCAUAAGAAAAUUAUAAAAUGGUUCGGGGAUAGCUCCUCAAAGAAUAGUCCUUUCUCCAUACACGCUCUAGUACGUUUGGGUGAGCAAUUGGGCAAAAAACCUGGCGACUGGUAUGGACCAGCUUCAGUAUCAUAUUUGCUAAAACACGCCUUGGAGCAUGCCGCUCAAGAAAACGCCGACUUUGACAAUAUUAGUGUUUACGUAGCCAAGGAUUGCACCAUUUACAUACAAGACAUUGAGGACCAGUGCGGCAUUCCGGAGCCAGCGCCCAAGCCACAUGUACCUUGGCAGACGUCGAAGCGCCCAAGCACUGAAACGCCAAAACAUGAGCAAAACCAUUGGAAAUCUCUAAUUGUGCUUAUACCGCUACGACUUGGUACUGACAAGCUAAAUUCCGUAUAUGCACAUUGCCUGAAACUGCUGUUGAGUACGGAACACUGUCUGGGUAUCAUUGGUGGCAAGCCGAAGCAUUCGCUCUAUUUCGUCGGCUUUCAGGAGGACAAACUGAUACAUUUGGAUCCACACUAUUGUCAAGAAAUGGUUGAUAUCAAUCAGGAGAACUUUUCGUUACAAACGUUUCAUUGCAAAUCGCCGCGCAAAAUCAAGUACAGCAAAAUGGAUCCAAGCUGCUGCAUCGGCUUUUAUUGCGCUACGCGAACUGACUUCGAUAGCUUCAUGGAGAGUGUGCAAUUGUAUUUGCAUCCCAUGCGCUGCGCUUCUGGAGCAACCCUGGAUAGACAACCCCAGUCACAACAGUUGCAGUCGGAGAGCAUGGAAAUGAAUUAUCCGCUUUUUUCAUUUUCCCGCGGCCGGUGUCAGGACCAUGCACGUGAUGAGAUGAGUGACUCGCUAUAUAAGCCGCUCAUUAGGCAAGUGGCCCAUCUUACCCAAGAGUUAAACGCACAACAACAAAGCAGCUACGACAAUGACUUGGAUGACAGUGAUAGCGAGGAGUUUGUGCUGCUUUAAGCGCAUGCGCAUGCGUAUAUGGAAAUUACUACCCAUUUCAUUAUCGGUUUGGGUAUUAGAAAAUUUCAUCACUUUCGCUCGUUCUUAUCUGUGAUAUGCCUAACUAGCUCCGUCUUCGUAUACUUUCAAAAUGUAAUAUUUGACUAAUGUUAUUUAGAAUUUGAUCCUUGAUCAGAGAAAUAUGUCACAGUUAGGGAGGGUAGUACACUUAGGUUGAUAUUCCUGACUUCUGUACGGCUAAGCUAGCUUCGACAAAGAUCUGGGAUAGUAAACAUAUAAACAAAUGUAGGUUAGAUUAAAAAUUACCAACUAAAAAUUGUUUAAUAAUUAUUUUCGAGCUAAGCUGCAAAAACACUUCGGAUAAAGUGAACAAAGUGAUAAAAAUUUCUAAUACAGCUUCUAUUUAGUGAAAAUGGGAAAUAUAACACAAUUUAGCUUUAUUUUAGUGGUUACCCCACCCCCUCCAUUCACAACCUUGUUCCAUGUAUACUGUGUUAUUUCUGUUAUUUUUGUGUUAACUAGUGAUAAUGCCAUCGCUCGCUCGCUUGCUCGCCCAAAACAAAACAAAAAAAAAACAAGCAAAAAACUACCCGCAUCUCAAAAUCAAAGACUUGUAUUUCAACAUUUAAACACAUACACAAGAAUAAUGUGCUAAUUUUUGUGAAUAUUUACACCAGUAGUUAUUCAUA